AUGGACUUCGAUUUCAAUUCGGAGUUCAUCAAGAAGUACUUCGGCGCAGAUAAAAAGAGGAGUAUCAACUAUCAUGCCUUCUGCCAGCUUCUACAUGACUUCUACGAAGAGCAAGGACAGCAGGCGUUCAAAAGGUACGAUAAGAAAGGAGAAGGUGUUAUCAGCUCAUUGGAUUUCCAACAUAUCAUGAAAACCGUCAAAGGUCAUCUACUGACAGAAUUCGUUUCCUACCCCUACUAUGCCGCAUUCAACAGCUUGUUGGCGAAAAUGGAGCUCAUCAAACGAGUUUACUUGAGCUUAGCCAGAGGUAAUUUGGACCUUGAAUUGACGAAGGAGGAAUUCUUGCAGGCCACUCAGAGCUAUGCUCAGAUCACUCCUUAUGAAAUCUAUCUUUAUUUUUUUAUAUUGAUUCAUUCGCCUGCUUUAUCCAUUUCAAAUGCCUACGUUCGAAUCUCAGGUCUAUUGGGUCUUUAUCGUGGUCUUUUACCGCAGAUCGUUGGAGUUGCUCCCGAAAAAGCUAUUAAACUAACAAUGAACGAUUUCGUCAGAGAUAAAUUCACAAAAGAAGGCAAGAUUCCAUUUUGGGCAGAAGUGUUGGCCGGUGGUUGUGCUGGAGGCAGUCAGGUAAUAUUCACGAAUCCAUUGGAAAUUGUGAAGAUUCGCCUUCAAGUCGCCGGCGAAAUUCAAUCAGCGCAAAAGGUGUGCUUUUUGACCACAUUUGCAACAUAUUCUCCUUGUAGUUUUCUUUUUGUUGUUAUGGCGUAUCUAGUAAGGUUCAAAUAUAGCCGUGGCAUCGUAAAAAGAGGUCCCACAGCGAAUCUUUGCAAAAGUUGGCUUCUUGGAAAAGUUGCUUCUGUGAUCAUUCAAUAA